AUGAUUACCAAGCUAAAUCUCAUCAACGCUGGUACGGAGGCACGCAUCACUCGGCUUGCCAACAGCUGCGGCCGCACCAAACUCACACUUGGACUUUUUGUCCUGAAAACCCCCAGCCCGACGGAGCUCAAGGCGGAAAUCUGGGAUAGACUCAUCGAGCGUGAGCUUCCCAAAGUUCGUGAAGAUAUACGUCGUCUUCUCCGGGAGAAAAAUGAAGAGCUUGAUGAAUUUGGAACGGAACGUAAAUCUCCAAACCAGAUACGCAUGUUCCUGACAAAGAUUGGCACCAAUUACUACAAUGUUAUCCAAGCCGGCGUUGAUGGAUCAUACGGAGGUCGUGACACGAGCUUCUUUGAAAUACGAGAGGGACAAUCCUCAGUUCUUCUCCGUGCUACUAUCCAUAUGGAGAAUGGAAAUUUCUCUGACUACAUUAGACAUGAGAGAAAUUACUGUGAUACUCAACCACUGCAGAUUUAUGAUCAAACGAGGGGCCAAGAGCUACCAGGCAACUACAACCAAGCUCUCCUUGCCGAGCUGUUCCAUCUGCAAUCAUUGCGAUGGGCCCAAAUUGCUGGAGAACAUAUCGUGGUGGUCGCGAAGAUUGUUUCCCGGUUUGUGAAUGCUGCAUUGACGUACGCUAUCAAAGAUGGGAAGGUUCGCGAAAACAUUGGUCGCCUAGUCAGCACCACGCUGGAGGCAAAUACCGAAGCAGCGGAACACGAACUCGAAAAGAUUCUUGGAGAUAAAACACGACAGCCAAUUACGUACAAUCAUUAUUACACUGACAAUAUCCAGAAUGCAAGAAACGAAGCCUCUAAGGCCUCAUUGAAGACUCGAGCCUGUUUCAAAUUGUUGUCAUCCCUCAAAAAGCGUGUCAUCGUUGACAUGAAGGAGCAAGCAUGUUCUGAAGCAAAAACCGACUUGACUGCUUAUUACAAGGUUGCUCGGAAGACGUUCGUUGAUAAUGCUUGUCGUCAAGUCAUUGAGCGACAUAUUUUUGCCAAGUUAGCCGAUGAGUUUAGUCCCAUGACAUUCAGCUUCUAUGUAUUCGGAGGAGGAGCUUAUUAA